UUCCUUCUUCGCACGCUCAGCCUUCAGCUGUCAAUAGGAACACGUUAACUCAUAAAAAAACAGUCAUUGUGUUUCACUGAAGGAGAAAGGACGACAGUAAACAGCUGCUGUUUCUGUCCGAGUUUGCUUGAAAUGGCGGCAAAGAGAGAACCUAUUAUUAGUGUUGUCCCUAAUGAUGAGGAGAAGGAGAAAUUCAAAAAAAGUGAGAAUGUUGCUUUUUACAGGCGACAGAUCCAGGGUCCAAACCUGAAAUACAGACUUCUUUUGGAUUCCCUUGUCCUCACGGAGAAGGGCGCACGUUUUGAGCUUUUGGAAGAUGGCACAAAGACCAGACUGCUUCUUUCUUUGACACCUUGCAAAAACGACACCGUAAGGAUCGUAAUAGACGAGAUCUGGCCCAUCAAAACCCGUUACAGAGUUCCAGAUGUGUUGACCGGGGAACCUCCUAGUGAACAAGGAAAGCUGGUGCAACGCCACCACAGGGAAGGAGGUGAAUUGGGAUCKACGCCGUCGCUGUUUGUGUGGAACGACAUGAACGAGCCGUCCGUCUUCAACGGGCCAGAACAGACGAUGCCGAAGGACGCGGUGCACCAUGGAGGCUGGGAGCAUCGGGAGCUGCACAACCUGUAUGGCUUCUACCAGCACAUGGCCACGGCGGACGGUUUGAUGUCCCGCUCAGGAGGCUCGGAGAGGCCGUUUGUUCUCACACGCUCCUUCUUUGCUGGGUCUCAGAGGCUGGGCGCAAUAUGGACCGGUGACAACGUAGCCACCUGGGAGUAUCUGAAGAUUUCACUGCCAAUGGUUUUGACCCUGAACCUGACAGGCAUUGUAUUUUGUGGAGGUAUUCUGUUACCAUUCUGUUACUUCAAAGAAAUCUCAUUACUUYGCGCAUCGGUUGCAUCUCUUUUAGGGGUGGGCAUUUAUCGUAUCGCUUAUUAUGAAAGACCUCUUUGGGUGGAGUUCCCAGAAGAGGAGAGCACCUUCACCGAGGACAACCAAUACAUGAUUGGGGGAGCCCUGCUCGCCUGUCCUGUGACGGAACAAGGCGCUCAGACAGUCAAAGUCUUACUUCCCGGCUCCGACGAGAUUUGGUACGACAUCAGCUCUGCGAAGGCGCACAAAGGAGGAAAGAGUUUGAGUCUUCCUGUCAACCUGGACACAGUUCCAGUGUUUCAGCGGGGCGGCUCAGUGGUCUGCAGGUCAACGGGAAGUGGCACCUGUACGGUCGACUACCAGAAGAUGCCUCUAGAUGUCACUGUGGCCCUAAACUCCCAGGCCAGUGCAGACGGAGAGCUGUACCUCGACGACGGCCACUCCUUCGAGUACCGUGACAAAAAGGCCUUCUCCCUGCGGCGGGUCAGCAUGGCGUCKGGCCGUCUGCUCUGUCGUUCGGCCAGUGAAGAGGGGAGGUUUGACUGUGACACYGUCGUUCAGUCSGUUUCCAUCAUGGGAGUGAAGAGCAAGCCGACCACGGUGAACGUCCACGUCCCAGGUGCUAAAUCCAUCUCUGCUUCCUUUGAGUUCCUGGAAGCCUGCUGCACGCUCAGACUGAACAACCUGAACGUCAGAGUGAYGACRGACUGGGACAUACAGAUCAACUGAUCCUGGAGAAAUCCCCGACUGCUUUUCCUUUGGCACUGAUUGCGUAUUCCCGCAAWGGGAACAGUCAGGAAUACGAUGGUUGCUAAUUUUAUCAGUUGAAUGGGGAAACAUUUGACCUAAUGAAUGUGUCUGCUUGGACUGAUGAACAGUUUUGUUGCUAAUGGAGCUGCAGACAAAUAUCAACAAGGCGUGGSCGAUUUUACAUUACUGUAAUCAUUUUAACUCUUUUCGUGUUCAGAUUUUGACUUGUGAAGUCAUUUUCGGAUCAUAGUUUUUUCCUUAAAUUGCUGCUUGUUUUAGUUCAGAAGCUAAAUCUACUGUCUCCUGCAAAAAUCCUCCACCUAACUGUUUAAAAUUUCAAACUUGACUAGAAUGUAAAGGGGGUUUUGUGAAAUAUGAACACAAUGUAGCAUAUAAUGSAAAGAGGAAGGUAAAUAAUAUAUAGUUUUGAAUCAUGGUUCAGUCAAAGUCCAGAUAGAGCUUAUUGAGAAUGACCUGCAGAGUGAUGAAAGUGACGGGUGAGAAAGAGAGAAGAAAAUAGGCAUACAUGGCAGCUAAUAUUGAACAUCACAAUAUUUACUAACAAGAUUUUCUGAUAUUUUACACCUCUUCAAUUAGAAUAACUUUCUACUAAUAAUAGAAAAAACAUACUUGUAGGAUUCACAAAAAGAGGUAGGAUCAGACCAGGUUAAUCUUUAACAAGAUGGCAGGAAAGCAGCAUAAUUUAAGGCAUCAUCUGUUGAAAAUUGUUUUUUUUUGGUUCCUUAUAUCUUGUUCUUUCCACUUUAAGAAUUAAAGGAAGACGAGACAAAUUAAGACUUGAAGUUCAUAAUUCUGAUUUUUCUGAUAAUUUUGGCUCUAAUCUCAGAAUUUUAACUUUUUUCUCAGAAUUCUGACUUUAAUCUUCUGAGAUAAAAAGUCAGGAUUAGUUUUUUUUUUUCAGUGGCCCUAAACCUCUUCCAUACAAAAAAGGGAAUCAGUUCAAGAGAAUAAAAAAAAAAUGUAAGGUAGUGUAUGCUUAUCCUGACAAACUGAGGAGCUGUUGGACAAUGA